CGCGGCGGUACUUCCGGUGCCCACGCGCCGCCGCCGCGCAGCUCCGGGGCCGUCACUUUGUGUAGCGCGGGGCGCAGGCCCUGCCCGGCCCCGGCGUCCGGCGGCGGCUCGGCCGGCCCACAGCGCGCGGCCAGGCUGAGGCUGACUUCCCGCGGAGAUGGCGGCCCUCCACACGGCUCCGGACUCCCCGGCCGCCCACCUGGAGAGGGCGGAGGACGGGUCGGAAUGUGAUCCUGAGGAGGAGGAGGAGGAGGAGGAGGAGGAGGAGGAGGAAGAGAAGGGGGAAGAGGUGGAGAUGCCGGAGGACGAGGAGGAGCUGGUGGUGGAAGAAGAGGAAGAGGAGGAGGUGGUGGAGGCCCUGGAGGCCGACGGGCGGUGGGCCGGGCAGGGGGACCAGGUGGACCAGGUGGAGGUGGAGUUGCAGGAGGACGAGGACGUGGAGGAGGAGGAGGUGGCGGCGGAAGAGCGGAGCCCGGCGUCGGGGACCCAGGAACGCCUUGGCCGUGGUGGUGACGCCAAGGCCCCGGCUCUUCAGGCAAAAGCCCUGCAGGCCUCCCGGCCUCCGGCCAUGCUUGGGCAGGAAGACCUGGAGGAUGAGGACGAGGAGGAGGAGGAGGACGACGAGGAGGAGGAGGAGGGUGGUUUCCUCACAGCUGGGUCUCAGGGGCUGGUGGCCUUCGAGGACGUGGCGGUGUACUUCUCCCUGGAGGAGUGGGGGCGGCUGGACGCCGGCCAGCGGGACCUCUACGAGGAAGUCAUGCGGGAGAACUACGGGAUCCUGGUGUCCCUGGGGUACCCCAUCCCCAAGCCAGACCUGAUCUCCCGGCUGGAACACGGGCAGGAGCCUUGGGUGCCCGACAGCCCCCGGCCUGAGGAGGGCGACAUCGUCACCGGUGUCUACACAGGUGCCUGGUUCUGGACCGACGACAUAGAGGACCACGAGGAGGAAGACGACGAGGACUUCCUGGCAGAGGUGGCCGAGGACGAGAACGAGCCGCCGGGGUUGUGGUCAGCGGCCUAUGGUGUGGGGGACGUGCCCGGGACGUGGGGCCCCGAUGACUCGGAUUCCGCGCAGACUCCGGAGGGCUGGGGGCUCGACCCAGGCGGCCUGGGGGCGCUGGCCGAGGGUCCGGAGGCGAAGCCCUUCCUGCCGGGCGGUGAGGCGGACGGGGGCCUGCUGGCGCCGUGGGCGUUCCCGGCGGAAGCGGCCGCCCAGGUGGGGCGCCCGGAGACCACCUGCGAGGUGUGCGGCAAGGUGUUCCCGCACCGGUCCCGGCUGGCGAAGCACCAGCGCUACCACGCGGCCGUCAAGCCCUUCGGCUGCGACGAGUGCGGCAAGGGCUUCGUGUACCGCUCGCACCUGGCCAUCCACCAGCGCACGCACACCGGCGAGAAGCCCUUCCCGUGCCCGGACUGCGGCAAGCGCUUCGUCUACAAAUCUCACUUGGUGACGCACAGGCGCAUCCACACCGGCGAGCGACCCUACCGCUGCGCCUUCUGCGGCGCGGGCUUCGGGCGCCGCUCCUACUUGGUCACGCACCAGCGCACGCACACGGGCGAGCGGCCCUACCCGUGCCCGCACUGCGGCCGCAGCUUCAGCCAGAGCUCGGCGCUCGCGCGGCACCAGGCCGUGCACACGGCCGACCGGCCGCACUGCUGCCCGGACUGUGGCCAGGCCUUCCGCCUCCGCGCGGACUUCCAGCGCCACCGGCGCGGUGGGGGCUGCUCCGAGCCCAGCAGCGACGGCCCUCGCCAAGAGCCCUGCGAGACGGUGCUCGCGGCGCAGCCCGAGGAAGCUGAGGCCGGGCCGGAGCUGCCUGAAGCCAGCGAGGUGGAUGGAGAGGCCGAGGCCCAGGCGAGAGAGGAGGUUGCAGCUGCAGCAGAGGCGCCCACCCCUCGGAGCAAAGAGGACCCGGAACGCGACAGGAGGUUUCUGGAACUCGGCAAUGGCCUAGGCGACAGCGAAGGUCCCUCCUCGCACCCGCUCGGCUUCCACUUUUCUGUUCACCCCAAGUCUUGGCUGCAUCCGGACGGCUUCCAGAUCCUAAGCCUCCCGGGCUUCGGGGAGCAGCUGCCGGCCGAUGGGCGGCCUCUGCCAGGACCCCUGGGGGGCCGGCUUUCUCUGGUGGAGGGCGCGGGACUGGCCUGCGACCCUUUCCGCAGCGGUGGUGGGCCUGGGGGCGGCGGCGGCGGGCUGCGUGCGUUCGGGCCGGCCGUUGGGGGACUGCUGGCCGAGCCGGCGCCCGCCACACUGGCCGAAGAGGAGAGCCCAUGGAUCUGCUCCGACUGCGGCAAGACGUUCGGGCGCCGUGCCGCCUUGGCCAAACACCAGCGCUAUCAUGCGGGCGAGCGGCCGCACCGCUGCGCAGACUGCGGCAAGAGCUUCGUGUACGGCUCGCACCUGGCGCGCCACCGGCGCACGCACACGGGCGAGCGGCCCUUCCCCUGCCCAGAGUGUGGCGCGCGCUUCGCUCGAGGCUCACACCUGGCGGCGCACGUGCGUGGCCACACCGGUGAGAAGCCCUUUGUGUGCGGCGUGUGCGGCGCAGGUUUCAGCCGGCGUGCGCACCUGACGGCGCACGGGCGCGCGCACACCGGCGAGCGGCCCUAUGCGUGUGGCGAGUGUGGCCGCCGCUUCGGGCAGAGCGCGGCGCUGACGCGGCACCAGUGGGCUCACGCCGAGGAGAAGCCCCAUCGCUGCCCUGACUGCGGCAAGGGCUUCGGCCACAGCUCGGACUUUAAGCGGCAUCGGCGCACACACACGGGCGAGAAGCCCUUCCGCUGCUCCGACUGUGGCCGCGGCUUUGCGCAGCGUUCCAACCUGGCCAAGCACCGGCGUGGCCACACGGGCGAACGGCCCUUCCCGUGCCCCGAGUGCGGGAAGCGCUUUUCGCAGCGCUCGGUGCUGGUCACGCACCAGCGCACGCACACGGGCGAGCGGCCCUACGCCUGCGCCAACUGCGGCCGCCGCUUCUCGCAGAGCUCGCACUUGCUCACCCACAUGAAGACGCACCGCGGCGCGGCCGGCGCGCCCGGCACCGCAGCCGCGGCCCCCGCGCCUAAGACCGAGGCGCCUGCCAAGGGGCCGCCCAGCACCAGCACGGGCACCGGGCUGGGGGAGCACGGCAGCACCCUGCUGGAGUUCGCGGGCGGAACGAGCUUCGGCUCGGACCCCGCGACCGUGUUCGCGGGGCCCUCGGGCGCCUAUGAGGAGAGCGUCCUGUGAGUGCCCGAGGCCAGUGGAACCACAGCCCGCUGGGCCACCGGCCCCUCCCCAGGGCUGCUCGGGUGCCAGCCCCUUGCUCCUCUGGCCUCUCGGGGCUGAGGGCCCCAGUCCCGGUGCGGUGCCUUCCCUCAGCCCCUGGCCGCGGGCUUCCCUGUGCCCCCUGGGAUUGGCGCCGCCCAGCUUGUCGGGGGCGGAGAGGAGAGCUGGGCGGACGUGGCGAGGCAGGGGCCACCCACCCCGACAAAGACUUCCACGUCCCUGGUCGGUGCUGUGAAACCAAGCGGUAGGGGUGUCAGGCCACUGUAUUUAUUUUAUUGGGGUUCUGACUUGGGGGGCCCCCGGGACAGUCUAUAAACCAGGGGUCUUACAGUGAGGGAGGAGAAGCCCUUUCGCCAAGGGGAAGGCAGGGUGGUGGAGGGCCCGGCGCCGGCUUCUCCGUAGGUUUGCUGCGGACUUCCUCCAUACCUCAGUGGGACGCUUGGGGGUCCUCUGGUCAGCUGAGCACCUCCGGGGAGUUCUACAGACCGUGCACUUGGGGGAACAGGGGCGGCCCUUGAGGCCCCAAAGGACGGUGGUCGUCCCUAACCUGGGGCAGAAAUGCAGCUGGGGGAGCUUUGGUUUGGACUGGGGACUGUGAGUGUGUAUUUCCAUCUUUCGUGUGGCCUGAAGAAUGGGGUGGAGGAUCAAAAGCCAGGAAGCAACCCUGUGGCCUGGGGGCAGGGCGGGCGGGGCACGGGGUUUGCAAGUCCCGAAGGAAUCUUAUCUUAAGCCUUAUUCUCCUGAGUCACCCACUGUCCUCACCCCAUGCGAGCACUCAGCCGGGCCAGGUGCUUGCCGCGCCGGCCACUGUAGUCUCAGCCUCUCCUCAGAGUCCUUUGGUGCUCACCCUCGCACAGGAGGGGACACACUCAGAGACCCUCGGGGGCCUGGGCCCCAGCCUUCGCCCCGGGCCGCCAUCUCUCCCGGAGCUGUCGGACACGUGCCGGCCUGCCCUCCCGAGCCCAACGCUCACUUAGAUUUGAUAGCCACAUGCACGGCGACCGAGUCUGGUGGCGGGAUCCUUGCUCCCGUGUCACAAUCAGGGCCCUGUGACAUCUGCGGGUCACUUUAACACUGCCUCUGCCUGCCAUUCUGCCCUUGACGUGGGCAGCCUGCACAGCGGUGGUCCAUCUGUGCAGCCUGGUCCUGAACCCUUGGCUCAAUGACCAACCAACCUCCCAACUAUGCAAGGCCCACACCUGGCCCGCACCCCACCUCCUGGGCUGGGCCACUGGAAACCAUGGGGCAGGGCACAGCUUGUGUGAGGCGGCACCCCCCGGCCCCCAUUCUUAAGACCUAACACCUCUGUGGCCGGUGUGCGUGGGGCCAGCAAACAGAUUUUGAGCAUCUGCGUUCCCUUUAGACCUAGUUCCCUCUGUUUUAGUGUAGACGUGGCCUUUGGGGGCCGAGGGCCAGCAGCCGGCUGCUGGGGGCUGGGAGUCGGGGGUGCAGGAGGCGGUGGUGUGAGUGCGCCUGGGAGGUGGGGGAGUGAGGCGGGGUGGUAAAGAGGGCAGGGGUCCUGGUCCCUGGUCUCCUCUCCCUGUGGGACAGGAGCCUCAGAAAGGGUCGGGGCGAGGUGGGCUGGCCCCAAAUGGCCGGGGGCCUGGCUCCGGGCUGGCCCUCCAGGCACAGCCCUCAAACGCACCCCUUCGGCGCCCCUGCGGGCCCGGCUGCCUCUGUCCCGCUCUGAGCAGUGGGCAGGAGGACCUAGCUUUAAUAAAGACUGGAGAAACCAGCGGUCUGCCUGGGUCGCGUGUUGUCGCUGCCCCUCGCUGCCCUCAGGGAGCUCUCCGAGGCGUCCGGCCCCUCUGGGUUCUACAAACACUGUUUUUUAGGGGGUUCUCUUAGGGAACUAGUACUGGUCCGUGAGGGGUCGGCCUGGGGCCAGCUUUGAGCCUGCCUUCCGGGUCUGCGGGAGGCCUGGAGCACCCCCACACUGCCACAAGCUCCCAACACACCCUCGGCCGUACGGGGACAGCACUGUGACCAGAGGGCUGUCGGCCAGCCCUCCCGUGGUCCCCUUCCUGGUGGUCCAGAGCCGUGCCUGAGUCACAGACCCCUCCUCGGAGGAGGCCCCCCUGCCACGGGCUUCCUCCCGGCCCGCCUGCUCUGGGCCAGGGCGGGGCCUGCACACCCACCUUUGAACUCCAUCACUGACUUCUCAGCACACGGUGUCACCGCCCCCCUACCCCCCUGACCGGGCCUGACCCUCCCAUCUUUCCCGGACGGAUUUGAAACCCAUGAACUGCAAAGUAAACUCUAUUUCCGAGUGUCAUUUGGAGGCAUCAGAACAGAACCCAAUAGUCCAGGUUUUUCUAAAAAAAAAAAAAAAGACAGGCUUUGAGCGAAGAUGGAUGUUAAGACCUAGUGCAAAAGGACAGCCCUGAGGAUCUUAAAGUCUGCUCAGAAAAACAAAGCGGUUCCUGGCUAGAGUUCGCGGCUGUCCAGCCCGUUUUCCUUUCUCUAAUCUCGGAGGGGAAACACCUCAAACCCGAUGGUCAAGGAGAAAGAGGAACCAGCCUUCCCCGGGGUGGGGAUUUCUGGAGUCCUGGUUCAUUCCCCGAGCGUCAGUGUAGCGUCUCCCUUCGUUGCCAAGGGGGGAAGGACGCCUGCGAGAUGUGACCAAUGACGGGGGCGGGGUGGGGGGGUGCCGGGGGAGUCACGGGGCCCCCAGCGCCUGUCUCUGCCUCCGCCUGCGUUUGUUAUUUUCCUGUUCUCGACUCACAUUCCCAACCUCCUCCUGCCUCUCUCCUGACCCUUUCCUUCACUUAAUCUCUCCAAACAUUUCCUCCUAACUCUUUUUCCUGUCUCGAAUUGGCUACAUAUGGAAUAAAGUAUUUUGAAAUUUUUGGUUAUAUUUAUUAAAUAAAAAGCUUUAUGAUCCUUGUUCA